AUGUCCAUGGACACUUCCGCUCCAACUCGGCCGACAUUUUCUCUGGUCAACCAUGACGGGCAGACGUUUACCAACGCCGAUCUCCACGGCGCCUACUCGCUUGUCUUCUUUGGCUUCACCAACUGCGCCCGUGUGUGCCCCCGGGCGCUCGGUCGGCUCUCCGACGUCUUAACAGGCCUUGAGAGGGUAACAGACAAGGUCAACGUGUAUUACGUCUCUGUCGACCCGGGCAGGGACACACCUGAGGUGAUGAAGACGUUUCUCAAAAAGUAUCCCAGCUUCACCGGGUUGACAGGGACGACGGAACAGAUCGAUGCCGCACGCAAGGAGUUCCGGGUCUUUGCGAAGGCCAAGGAGGACGAGAAUGCCCCGGGCGGCUAUGCUGUUCCGCAUACGGCCAUAACAUAUCUCCUGGAUACGGACGGUUAUAUUGUUGACCACUUCAAUGACGCCCUUGACGCGGAGACUGUCAUAUCGCACAUUUCGAAGAGGAUAAACAUCGUACCAAGAGUUCAGGUCGAUGGCACCACCAACGCCUACGAGCAGGAAAGCCUGCAGCUUCUCACUCGCGAACAGGUCGCCUCUAUCCGACACAUCGGUAACCUGGCCCGACAAAUAAAAGGCGACUGGUCGUACAUGAUGGGCGGCUCCGACAUGAACGACGGUUUCGGGGCCUAUCGCUACCAAAUGGGGUACAUGUUCUACGCGCUGACACUCGCCCACUACCACAGACUGCCGGCAGCGCCGGGGGUCUUCCGCGAGACAAUGGAGCGCUUGAUCGAGAAGAUGCUCGAGGCAGACGUGUGGUUCUACUGGCACGACGCCAGCGUCGGAGGGGGAUUCAUGCAGACACCGGCUAAGAAUAUGACAUACGACCCCAUUAAAACCGAUAACAUCAUGUACUCGGCAUACGUCCAGGUCAUGAGCGCCAUGUACAACAGCCUCUUCGACGACGACCGGUACGCGAAACCGGGUGCGCUGACCAUGGUCUACGAUACGUUCCUCUUCGGGCCGGUCGAGGGAUACAAGUUCGAGUGGGACCAGAAGAGCAUCAACGAGCAGGUCUACUGGAACAUGGUGGAGGAGGGCUAUAUCGGGGUUGCAUGCGAGCCCUGGUGCAUCUACCAGAUCUGCAACCAGGUCCCCAUCCUCGCAUUCCGACUCAAUGAUGCAAUAUCAGGUCAAACAAGCGUCGCCGAGGAAGUCACACAGGGAUACCUGAAGGCAUGGGAAGAUGCAGGCGGCGGCAUCCUCACACAAGAAGGCGUCUUCAACACAUUCUACCGCAGCGACAUCAAGACUUCUCUCGUCGUCCCCGGCCCCAGCGGCGACGCAUGGGCUGGACUGCUCAUGAACGCGUGGAACCACGAUCUCGUCCAAAAAGUCUACAACGAUCGCAUCAACGAGAGCGUGAUCCCACAGGACGACGGCACGUUAUCCGUUGUUACGGGCGGCAUCGAAGAUAGCCCGCUGAACCGCCGGCUCAUCGGCUCCGGCGGCGUCUUCGGCUGGAUUGCGGCGUGGGCUGCGGAGAUGGGCGAUGAAGACACAAAGACUCGACUCCUCGCUUAUGCAGACAAGCAUAUAAACCCGACAAUCGUGAACGGCGGACUCCUCUACCCGCGCAACGACGCGGUCUACAACGCAAACGGGAACUUCGUCAUGUCGACGCCGAUCUUCUCGAACUCGAUCAUGCCGCUUACAAGACUAAACGUCAAGCACGGGUUGAAAAGACUCUAUGAGAAUCCGUGGGGGGCGAAGAAUAGAGGGCAUUAUGCCGAGCCCGCGCUUGUGGAGGUCGACUUUGAUGUUGAUGUGUACCGCGCUGUGUACGUCAAAGAAAGUAGGAGGCUGCUGUUUGACCUUGCGGUUUAUGAAGACGGGAAGAAUGGCUCUGUUGCGCUGGAUAGGGUUUUUGGGAGGGGUGAAUGGACGCUCACUUGUGAUGGGAGGGAGAUUGCGCGUGGUUCGAAGGAGGGUGUUGAGGAUGUGGAUGAGGGUGUUAGUGGAGUGCUUGUUAGCCGGGAUGGGAGUUUGCUGAGACUGCCUGUUGUUGGGACGGGGGUUGUUAGUUAUGUGUUGCAGUGGGCGGCUUAG